GCUGGCAAUAUCGCAAGGCUACCAUAAUGGGGACGCAACUCGAUAGCGCCUUGGCCGUGCCUCCCGUGCCUCUUGGUGGCGUCUUGUAGGAGGACGAAGAGGAUGCUUACGCAGAGCCUUAAAGGCGCCAUGAGCGCCACAUUCUCGCAGCUUAGAUAGACGUCAGAUCGGCCAGUUCAUUAGUGCUUCCAAUGGCGCAUAAAAUACUGUUGACUCUGGGGCUUUUGUCAGCGACGCAUGCGCUGCCAUCGCGGUGGAGAAACGCAGUCGUACAGCGAGGCGCCGCUGAUGUCACGAAGGAGUACGACUACAUCGUAGUUGGCGCCGGUACUGCGGGCGCUACAGUGGCCGAUCGGCUUACCGAAGAUGGCAUAAAAACCGUACUCGUGGUCGAAUAUGGUACCGUGGCAGAAGAUGAUUCUUUCAUGCCGCCGUGGAAUAUCCCAGCACCGCAGUUCUUCUACAAUCUCACUUCUGUGCCUCAGCCGGAGACGAAUAACAGAACCUUUUCCGUCGCAAAUGGAUGUGUAGUAGGUGGAGGUACUGCUGUGAAUGGCCAGCUAUUCAAUCGCGGAAGUAAGCACGACUACGACAACUGGGCCAGAUUCGAAGGGAACGAGGGGUGGAACUGGGAUGGGGUUCUGCCGUACUUCAAGAAGAGCCUCACUUUCAAUAAGCCGACUCCAGAGAUGGAAGAAUUCGGCAUUACCUACGACGUCGAGGCCGCGUAUGGUGGGAAGACACCGAUAUAUGCAAGCUAUCCCCCUUUCCAGUACCCUGGCCAGAAGAUUCAAUGGCAGGCUUUUGCAGAGAAGGAGGGUGUUGUGGUGCAGAAAGAGCAUGCGGAUGGCCAUGCGUACGGCCUGUUCUGGAUUCCUACGGCCAUGGACCCAGCCAGAGCGUACAAUCGCAGUUUCUCAGGCCAGGGCCAUUGGAUCUAUGUCCCUCCGCGUGAGAACUACCAUUUGUUGACCGAUCACAGGGUCAUCAAGGUAAAUUUCAAGAGGAGGCAAGGGAUCCAAGAGGCGGAGAGCGUGACGAUCAUACCACGAUUUGGCAAUAGCACGGCAUUUACUGUCAAGGCAAAGCAAGAGAUCAUCCUCUCGGCAGCCGCGACGCGAACCCCGAUGCUUCUGCAGCUUUCGGGCAUCGGACCGAAAAAGGUGCUAGAAGCUGCCGGUAUCAAACCUCUGGUCGACAUGCCAGGCGUAGGAUGGAAUCUGCAAGACCAUUCGUUUUCAUUCAGCACUUUCAACUUCACGACGGACGUGUGGCCGAAUCCGGCACAACUAACCAACAACGCGACCUUCCGCGCUGAAGCUAUCGCACAAUAUCAGCAGAAUAAUACGGGACCCUACGCUGCGUACGUCGUUGCUAGCGGGCUCUUCCUCCCUGCGCCUGCCUUCCUUCAAAAUUUCACUCAGCAGUUCGUGAAGGAGCUCCUCGCUCAACAUCCAGCCGGUUAUCUCCCCACGGACCUGCCGAGAGAGCUUGUUGCCGGAUACGCGAAGCAGAUGGAAAUCCUCCUCGAGUCCUUCAAAUCCAAAACGUCGGCUAUCUUCGAGCAUCUCUUCUCCGGCUCCGCCCGCGGUACCGCCAUCCUCGUCAAACCCUUCUCGCGUGGUUUCAUCAAGCUUAACCCCGCGGACCCCCUCGGGGAACCCAUAUUCGACUACCGCCUUCUUUCUAAUCCCAUCGAUCUUAAACUCCAUAUCCGAAUGGCGCAGUAUCUGCGCGAACACUACGCAACCUCACCUACUCUCAAACCACUCUCCCCUGUCGAGCUCGACCCAGGGCCAAGCGCGAAAACGGAUAAAGACGUGGAGGACUGGUUGCGAGCGAAGAUGUUUGCGAGCAAUGGGCAUAGUUGCGGGACGGCAGCCAUGAUGCCCAGGGAGUUGGGUGGUGUUGUGGAUGGCGAGUUGAGGGUUUAUGGGACGAAGAGGUUGAGCGUUGCGGAUUUGAGUAUUGUGCCGCUUAUCCCCGGGAGUCAUACUAUGACCACUGCAUAUGCCAUUGGGGAGAAGGCUGCCGAUCUGAUAAAGGCGAGAGCUGGGUUAGGCGUCUAGGGGCGCCCUGCAGAGGCUGGAGGAAUAAGCCCGCCGCCGUCCGCGGAAUGCUCGCAAUAGUCUACGUCCUCAGAUUUGAGGCAA